AUGGAUUGGACAGCGAAUGAUAAGAUUGACCAGUACUACAACUAUACUUGCCUAAGUGAACGCAAUCUUGAAUUAGCCCGUUUAAAAACGUUGUACGAAAAGGCAUGUCAUGCAGAGCAUUUUUCCAGCGUUGAAAAGGGUUUGCUUGAUCUGUAUGAAACACUUAAACGGAAAAUCACGAUCAAUGAAUCGAACAUUCGUAAUGUUAUACAGGAAGAUUGGUUUUUGGAAAUUCCUAGCGACUACAUGCAGAAAUUACUUACGGAUCUUGAUGAUUUGAACAUUGCAAAACGUAAAUCAUUAGAUAUGUUAGUACUGAAGGUGAAUUCGUUGCGCGAGAAGUAUCACACUUUAUUGUUACAAGUGUUUGGUUACAGAAUUCAAGUAGACACACAUGAUCCAAGAGCAACUGAAGAAAAGGUUAAAACUAGGUUAGCUGCAUUGAAUUUAAGUCGUUGUGAAGCUUCGAUAAGAAAUGCACGAAACAUUCAAAAUUACUAUCAUCGUAUAGCAACAUUUAUGUUCAAGGAUAAUCUGUACAAUGAUCGAAAUUUGGAAGCAUUAAAACAAGCUAUUAAGGAGCAGAAGAUGUUUAUACAAAAAAUCACCGUAAUUGGACGAUCAGUAAUUGAUAAAGUAGUAUCUUUGAAUACCGAUCUCAAAAAAUCAACCAUAGGUUUUAGCAUGAACCGAGCUCACAAUAUGAAGUCGCUUAUGUAUCACAAAGCUAUUUUAACAAACGAAAAGACAGCGAUAACCAACGCCAGCAUGAGCGAGGUUGAUUCAAAAAGAUGGCCUUCGCGUUACGAUGCUAUUACACCAAGUAUGGAAGUAUUGCAAAAAGAAAAGGAAAGAUUGCACAAUACGGUUGAGAAUUUAAAACAUUCAUCGCUAAUUGCGUGGGAGGCCCGAGUGCUUGCUGAGAUGGAUUCUAAGACGAAUAAAAUACUAGAGCUGGAAGAGGAUAUCUAUGAGAAGGAAAGAGAUUUUAAACAGCUCGAUGCCACUAUUGAAAAUACGAAAUAUUUCGUUCAAGGUGGUUGUACGUUAGAGUCAUCAAGUUUAAAAUCCAAGCAAGAAAAUGUAGCCUGUGGGUUAGAAGAGGAUAAACAGAUGCAAACAAAUUUGAAGGCAUCGCUGGCGCGCUUGAAAUCCUUCAAUAUGAAAUUGGAUGAAUUUUUUAAAUACAUUCAUCAAAUUCUUGAACGCAACAAAAGUGAAUCCUCGUCGGAUGUACCAGAGCAGGAUAAAACAGAAAGGGAAAUUUUAAUAACGGCAUUAUUAAGAUUGUUCAAACCCGAAUGA